AUGUAAUACAAACAAGAUAGUGAAAUGACAGAAUAUCUUUAAAUUGAAUAAGAAUUAGAGAUUAAAUCUCUCUUUAAACAACUCAAAAUUCAAAACACACAACUUUCUAAUAAACAAUCUAAAAAAAUAAGGAAAUUUAAGUUAAAUAUUCAAUCCAAUUCAAUCCUACAACGAAGAAACACUAACCUAAGUUUACUUUGA